AUGAGUGACGAACAAUCUCAACAACAAGAGGAUCAAGACCAAGGAAAUUUAGAAAAGGACACAAAUGCUCAGCAAACACAACAACAGCAAAAGCCGCAUGAACAAAGCCCAAAUUUUGUUCCUCGUGUUGGAUUUUUGCAACCUCCAAGACAUCGUUAUCCAAUGCCUGGAAAUUCUUUCCCGCCGCCGAAUGGAGGAGGACCGCCGCCUGGACAAUAUCAGCCGCUCAACCAGUUACGUCCACCGCCUCCGAAUUUCCGACCGAUGCCUCCGAAUUAUCAAAUGCAAGGGCCUCAUUAUGGUGAUGGACCACCUCAUAAUUAUUUUGGCCAUCAAGGACCGCCGAGAUUUCAUGGUCAAUAUCCACCAUUUUCUUCAAUGAAUAUAGUGGGCGGGCCACCACAGAAUAUGGGACCGCCGAACAUGGGACCAGGACAAGGAGGACCACCUCGACCACCAAUGGGCGGUGGUGGCAGGCCGCCGUUUCCCCAAGGAGGCUAUCCAGGAGGACCGAUGCCGCCUGGUUUUAGACCACCAAUGGGAAUGCCACCGAUGCCUUAUGGAAUGAGACCACAGAUGCAUCAACCUCCACAAAAUGGUCAUCAACAAAAUGGUCAACCGCCUUCACAGCCACAACAAGCGCAGCAACAACCUGUUAGCCAAAAUGAGCGACUCAAAAAGAUUUUGGGAAUUUCUGUCGAAAAGGAGCUUUGGAUUGAGACAAAAUCAGCUGAAGGUAAAUCAUAUUUUUAUCAAUCUGAAACUCGUCAAACUGUCUGGGAACGUCCUGAUGCCUCUAAUGCCGUUGUUAUGCAACAAGAUGAGAUUCAAAAAGCAGUUGAUCAAUCUCAGCGUGAGGAAAAAGAACAACAGAUGCAACAACAUCAUGGCGCUGGACCUCCUGGUGGAAUGCCUCCGUUUAUGAUGCCUCCUGGGUUUCCUGGUGGUCCUACAAAUCCAAAUGAUGCAUGGCAAGAGUUUACGUCUCAAGAUGGCAAAAAGUAUUACUUCAAUUUUAUAACGCGUGAGAAUACUUGGACAAAACCAAAGGCAUUAAUUGAUAAAGAAGCCGCUAUCCGAGAGAACGGAGGUGUACCGCCUCAAAUGGCUGGAUUUCCUGGUGGAGUUCCUAUGAUGGGUGGAGCCGCCAUGUCUCCAAUGGGUAUUGGAUAUGCAGGUUUUCGUCCCUCAGCUGCAACUGGUGGUCCACAGGCUGCUUUAACAAACCCACAGGGUGGGCAAAAGGAUAAAUCACGUCCAGUGACAAGUAAUGCGGUUGCUGGCACUCCGUGGUGUGUCGUAUGGACUGGAGACAAUCGAGUAUUUUUCUUCAAUCCAAGCACACGGACUUCUGUUUGGGAACGUCCUCCAGAGCUAUAUAAUCGCCCUGAUGUUGAUUUAUUGGUUUCUAAGCCGCCUCCAGCAAAGGAACAAUUAAGUAAUCGAGCCCAAAAACGUCUUCAAAAGGAAGAAAGUGAGGAGGAAGUGGAUGAAGAUGACGAAAUUGAAGUUCAUGAAUCCGAUACAUCAAAUUCUGAUGAAGAAAAUCAAAAGAAAAUGCCUGCUCAUCCACCAAAAAAGAAAUCGCGCAAAGACAAAAAAGUCGAAGAAGAACUGAAAUUGCAGUUAGAAAAUCCAAAACAGCAAAAGUUAGCAUUGCCUGUGUUGCAACAAGAAAAGCCUAUUGAUCCAGCGAUUCAGGCAGAAUUGGAAGCACAGAAGGAGCGCGAUAAGGUCCCACUUGAAGAACGUAUUAAACAAUUCCGCCAACUUUUAGAGGACAAAAAAGUCAGUGCAACGAGUACUUGGGAGAAAGAGCUUUCUAAGAUUGUAUUCGAUCAACGUUAUUUGCUACUGAGUGCAGUUGAGCGUAAAGCAGCCUUCGAUGCUUAUUGCAGAGAACGUGCUGAAAUUGAAAAAGAAGAAAAGCGAAAGAAGGCAAAGGAAGCUAAAGCUGAAUUUUAUAAGCUUUUAGACGAAGCAAAACUUCAUGGAAAGUCAACGUUUUCAUCUUUCUCUACUAAUAGUAAGUGGGCAAAAGAUCCGAGAUUUAAGGCCGUGGAAAAAGUGCGUGAUCGGGAGGCAUAUUUCAAGGAUUUUGUCGAACAACUUUACAAAAAAGAAAAGGAAGAAAAGCGAAAAGAACGUGAUAAGGCAAAGGAAUGUUUUGUUGCGCUUUUGAAGGAACAAGAAUAUUUAAGACGAAAUUCUGUCUGGACUGUAGUGAAGAAAAAAAUUGAUAAGGAUGAACGUUAUCGAAAUAAAAAUUUGGAUAGCGAAACGAGGCAAAAAUUAUUUGAUGAGCAUGCCAAAACUUGUCCAGAACCGACUGAGGAAGAAGAAGCUGAGGCAAAAAGAUUGGAAGAAGAGGCUUUGGAGGCUGCAAAUGCAGCAAAGGAAAAGGCAUUGAAUGAAAAACAUGAAAAUGAAGAACGUGAUAGAGAGAGAAGAAAAAAUAAUAGUAGCAGCAAUAAUAACAAUUCUAGUAGCAGUCGAAGAAGAGAGAAAGAAAAAGAAAAAAGUGAAAAAAUUGUUGAGAAGACAGCAGAGGAAAAGGCAUUAGAAGAUAGAAAGCGGCAAGUUGAAGAAGAAUUAGGAGAACAUUUGAAGGAAAGAAAUCGUGAACAUGAACGACAUAAAUUAUUGGAACAUGAACAAAACUUUAAGGCUCUUCUUGCGGAUCUGGUUAGAAGCACUGAUAUUAGCUGGCAUGAUGGUCGUAAAUUAUUGAAAAAAGAUUCUCGAUAUCAAAAUUGUGAAUUAUUGGAUAAAGAAUCUAAAGAACGACUUUUUCGUGAACACAUUCGAGAUUUGGAGAGAAAGAAAAGAGAUCUUCUCGAUGAGCACCAACUUAUCACUUUUACUACAAAAUGGCACAAUGCGAGGAAAACUAUUAUAGAAGAUGAUCGUGUUGCCAAACUUAAACUUGAUGAACGGAAACUUGAGCAUGAAUAUCGUGAGUGGAUGGAGCGUCGUCAUCGCCAAGCACUCGAUGAUUUUGAAGCUCUUCUUCGCGAAACAAAAAUUAUCACAUAUAAAUCUAAACAAAUGAUAACAGAAAAUGAGCAGCAUUUACGUGAUAUUUUGGCUGUUUUGGAGAAUGACACACGUUAUUUGGUUUUGAAAGAACGACCAAGUGAACGUGAACGCAUAUUGGAUGAAUAUUUGGACCUACUCGAUCGUAAAGGACCUCCACCACCACCGACGCGAAAUGAAGAUCCUGAUAGGCGUAGAAAAUAG